AGCUCAAUUUUAAUUACAAUAUGACUUUUAGAGCGAGUAAAAUAAUCGGUAAUCUGUGAAAUUUUCUUCAGAUGGUCAGUACUGUCCGUUACAGUCUUACUUAAUUAGUUCGCGAUAGCCAACGUUACAUCAGGACCGGUGUUCAAUAUUGUAGUUUCAUCUUGGACACUGACUACAGAAAAAUAUAGCAAUGUCAGACUUUGGGCAUUGUCUAUUUUAGCAUCACCGCCACACCCUCAGUCAGAGUGCAGCAGCAGCAGCAACAGCAGCAGCAGCAGCAUGACACGAGUCGCCCUGCUAGUUUUGGCUCUCACAGCAGUCUGCAAUGGCAUCCUCCCUGAGAUAGUGGACUCAGGCAUCAGUCACAUCCUGGAGGAUAAUCCUGCCCAGGGACAGACGGAGCUGGACCGCAUGUUUGUGGAAGUGGAGCAGCUGCCAGAGGAUCCGCAGCAGAAGCCUGAGGAUGCGUUUCAUCAAACGAACAACGAGAGUGUCAGUCCCAGCCCUCAUCCCAAUAACCUUCCUCCAAGUCAUCACAAUGAAACUGCAGCCGAUAAUGUGAUUGAUAACGAGUCUGUCCACACCUCAGCAGAGCAGGAGACAAACAACAUCACUGUGACCGCAGCCGUCCAGUCCAGUGACCUCGGGAACAAUAUUGAUCAUGGAUGCAUCAGUGAUGGGGACUGUGGGAAGGGAAAGUAUUGCCUUUCUGACAAACGCAACUCCAAGUGUCUGCCUUGCAAAGCUGUGGAUGUGUCCUGCACUAAGGAUAAGGAGUGCUGCGGUGAACAGUUGUGCAUAUGGGGUCAGUGCACUCUGAAUGCAACCAAAGGAGAGGCUGGCAGCACUUGUCAGUACCAGACCGACUGCAGCCCAGACCUCUGCUGUCUUUUCCAUAAAGCCCUGCUCUUCCCCGUCUGCUCGGCCAAGCCCAUUGAGCGUGAGCGCUGCUUCGGUGCAUCCAACCAUCUGUUGGAGCUUUUGUCCUGGGACACUCAGGACGAGGGACCCAGGAAACAUUGUCCCUGUGCAGGAGGUCUGCACUGCCAGCACCUGGGGCGAGGGUCCAUGUGCCUUAAAAGAGAGGACUCGAGUGAAGAGGACCUGACGGACAGUCUGUACUCAGAGAUAGACUAUAUCAUCUAGACACAUUUGAUUCGAUUCACAUUGCCUUGUAAACAACUAGACAGGAGUCUCCACUGACUCCAGAGCUUCGCUGCAAAGAGCCACUGCACUUUCUGCUUGCCAGCUUUACCCAAAGUGGUGAGGCUACACAGCAUCGGAAAUGGAUGAGAAUAUAUUUAUUUCAUUUGCUGUAAUUGCGACCUGAGGUUUACAAUCCUUAAAGGUUCCUGAAAAUGUUGAUAUAAAUGUCACUAACCAAAAACAGGAAACACUAUAUUUUCAAAGUCCUGUGUGAUACUAAACACUGGUUUCUUGACUAUUUGCUGCAUCUCUAUAUUGUAUUACAACUCUAACCCUUAUCUAAUUAUAGAGUGCUACAAUUAAAAUUAACCCACAGUAGCAGCUCUGAACACCUGAGUAUCCAGCCAGGUACAAUAAUGCUUCAUGUACUGUGUGACUAACAAUACAGUAUCACAGAAGCAGGCAAUAAUAACUGUAUAUUACACAUAUAUGUAUCUACAGAAGUCAACACUACCAUGAGACGUCAGCAGUCUCUGGUAAAAGAUUCUGCAAAUAUUUAAUAUUUAAAUCGCUGCUACCAAUGACUACAACAGCUAAUUUGCACCCUUUUACAUGUCUGAUAAAACCUCAAAGUUUGUUUUAGAGUAAAUUAAUAAUUCUGGCUGCGUCAAUAUCCUAAAGUUGUUUGUAACAAAGCUUCUUCCCCUCAUGAUGUUUGCUUCACUCUAGCAAUAUUUGCUUUGCUGCUUUGAGGACUAUGUUUUUGCCAACACCUGGGCAUCUAUUUUUAUGGCUCAGAGAUGACUUGUUAUUAUAUGCACGACAAGAGGAAACACACAUGCCAUGUUAUGGCAAAUCCAUCAGUUUUGCCUAAUGAGAGUCGAGUCACCGAAACAUUGCACCAUUAAAAUCAUUACUUUUGCAAGUCAGUGUGCAGGAGCCUUUUCUACAAGUUUUAUUCCUCUUGUCCCAAAGAAUAAAGGGACGAGUUUUAUUCUUUAAGCUUCACUUAUCAGCCCAAAUGCCACUUUUUUCACAUCAUUGGCACAACUUGGUUUUAAUUUAAGAUCCAGUUUUGAUUUGUCAAGAAGCUGUUGUAUACACCUGCAUCUUCAGCUUAUGUGGCACACCUCUGUGGGCCCAAAUGGGCUUGAGCGGUAUCAAGGUUAUAAGGUCUACUGGGACAUUAAGGAAUCCCGAAGGUAUGAUUUUCAAUACCAUCAAAAAUAGAGAUGCUCUUCCUUCUCUUAAACUAACAUGGAGAUGCUAUAUUGGGGCAAUGUAGUGCACUGCACGCACCACCAGAGGUCAGUCUCUACUGGUGGAACAGUGUAACACUGCCAGUAUUGGGGAUAACGUUACAGGACUGUUGCCACAUAUAACUUCUAGUCUUCUGUCUACAAAAGCAGUUUAUUAGCUACAUGAUUUUAUCAGACACAUAAUCUCCAUUCAGCCCUCUGAUGUGCUGGUAUCUGCAGCAGCAUCAGUGUCAUCAGGUCCUCCAGCAAGAUAGGUGUUUUUUUUUUUUUGUUUGUUUGUUUUUUACAAUCUAUUACAAUCCUGGCGGCACGGUGGUGUGGUGGUUAGCACUCUCGCCUCACAGCAAGAGGGUUGCCGGUUCGAUCCCGGGCGGGGGAGCCCUUCUGUGUGGAGUUUGCAUGUUCUCCCCGUGUCAGCGUGGGUUCUCUCCGGGCACUCCGGCUUCCUCCCACAGUCCAAAGACAUGCAGAUUGGGGACUAGGUUAAUUGAUAACUCUAAAUUGUCCGUAGGUGUGAGUGUGAGUGUGAGCGUGAAUGGUUGUCUGUCUCUAUGUGUCAGCCCUGCGAUAGACUGGCGACCUGUCCAGGGUGUACCCUGCCUCUCGCCCGAUGUCAGCUGGGAUAGGCUCCAGCCCCCCCCCGCGACCCUCAAGAGGAUGAAGCAGUUAGAAGAUGAAUGAAUGAAUGAAUCUAUUACAAUCCAUUAUUCUGUUGGUCGCAAGUAUUUAAACCCAAGACUUGUCUGAGUAGGCAACACAACAUUGUAGGCUAGACAAUGACACGCAUGCUCCAAUGACUUGAAGACUUGUAUCACAGGUAGCUUAGCUUUUUUUCUUUUUUAGUUACACAAAUCCCGUCAUAUGCCAUAUACGCUGGAGAAAUGUAAAAAUGUCAAGGAGUGUGUGCAAAUCCUAGACUCCCAAACAUGACAUUGGCCUCCACCCCCUCAUGCUUGUAUGUGCUUUGUGUGACUCAACCUUUCAACAUUCAGCCAGGAAGACGUGAUACGAUUGCAAGCAAUACCUGGUGUAUGUGUGUGAAUAAAGCUUUUGUACUAACAGCUGGCGCUGGAUGUUAACUUCCAUACAGCUACAACUGUCAAAUGUAAACUCUGCACUGUUCUUACGCACUUCAACAUGACAUGCAGCUUCUACAAAUCUUGCCUUUAGAAAAAAAUAUAAGUUUUUUUUUAACACCAACACCCCCUUUUCUUAAAAAGGUGAGUAGGAUCUGUGAAGUUAAAUUAAGCCAUUUUAAUUUACAGUGAAAGAAAACUGCAGUUAUGAAAAAAAGCAUUUUAAUUCCUUUCUAAAAUCAUCUUAAACUAUUUUCACACAGGAAUCUGAAAUCUGAAAGAAAUAAACAACAACAACAAAAAAAAGGAUUUGUUUUUUUCAGAUAUUGGCAUUUCUACAGUGGAUAGCUGGUGGCAGCAUCAGGAGCCCAGAGGGGCCGGGAUGCUGAGCCUCAGUCUUCAGACCAGUUGCCCGGGCGGACUGAGAGGUCCAGCAGGCUUUGUACACCCUCUGGUGUCAGUCUAUCAAGCAGCAGCAGGUAGAAGCGCCAAAAAACAACCUCACGCUCUCUGGAAAAAAAAACCCAGAGAGCUCGCUCCCCUCAGUACACACACACACACACACACACACACACACACACAC